CUUCAACAAUCAAUAGCCACCACACAGCUGUAAACCUUCAAACAAUCUCCCACCCCCAUCACCCCUAACAACAAAAACAUACCAUCCAAGCAUCAAUGAAAGCCCUAUACUCCCUCCUCACACGCCCACGCCUCCCCCUUCAUCAACUCCCUAAACCCCAAUCCCACCAUACCUCCCCACUACAUCCCAACUCAAUCCACCACAGCUCAACCAAAACUCCCUACCGUCUCCUCCAUCCCCUCACUCCAACCCGUCCACACAUCUGGCUCGCCGUAACCGACACCCCCCCAAAGAAAGAAUACAUCCUCAAACGCCCCUCCCCCACCGACAGCACCCUCUCCUCCUUCACCCACGAACUCACCAUGUAGCGCCUCUUCAUCCACGACCCCAUGAUCCGCAAACUAGUGGACUAUAUCCCGGAUUCGGAACCCGCGGGGCCGAUGAUGGUGCUGGAAGCGUUCACGGAUACGCUUUGGGACGUGAGACGGAUGAGAGCGUUGAGUAUGCGGGAGAUUAAGUGGAUUAUGAAGGGGGUGUUGUUGGGGGUGUGGACAGUGCAUAUGAGGGGGUUGGUGUAUACGGAUUUGAAAAUGGAGAAUAUUGUUCUUGGGGGAUUUGAUCCUGACCAACCAAAUGAGAAUGUCAAGGAUGUGAUUGUCCGACUUGCGGAUUGUGGGGGAAUUCGCAAACCAUCAACGGAAAAGAUUACAGCCCUUACAUACCGCAGCCCAGAAGUCCAUUUCAACAAACCCUGGGAUCAAAGCACGGAUGUGUGGUCGUGGGGGAUAAUCCUCGCGCAACUCCUCCAAGCACAGGUUGGUUUCCACGCCCCAGGCAUCUAUGACACCCUCAAUCCUCUACCCCAACUUGUCCCCAAAACAGCAGUCGAAAAAGAACACGCUCUCCGCGAUCAACUAGCCAUCGACUUCGACCUCUCCUCAGUACCUUUCUACGCGGACUGUAGAGAAGAAUUACCCCCACCACAGCCAGAACAGGCAUAUAUGUGGGCGAAUACGAUGGUCGAGAAGGGGGUGGCAGCCGAGGAUGUACAGUUUCUGGUGGAGGUAUUACAUCCCGAUCCGCGGGCGAGGAUCACGGUCAGGGAGAUUUUGGAGGGGGGGUAUUUGGGGUAAUCUUGCUUUGGAUGCUUCGAUUGGAUUGGUUGGAGUGGAUUGGAUGUGUAAGAUAGG